UCUCGAUUCAUGGUCCUGUCCAACAUUACACAAUUCAGCCCCAUAUUCUACCUCAGUGGUCUUCCUGGUUUGGAAGCCUUUGAACGCUGGAUUUUCAUCCCCUUUUUCUUGAUGUACCUGGUGGCUAUCUCAGGCAACUGUCUCAUUCUGAUGAUCGUUAAGACCAGCCCUCGUCUGCACACACCCAUGUACUAUCUGCUCUCCCUGCUGGCGCUCGCUGACCUGGGUCUGUCAGUGUCCACGUUGCCCACCACUGUGGGCAUUUUUUGGUUCAGUUACCGUAGCAUUUAUUUUGGAGCCUGCCAAAUCCAGAUGUUCUGCAUUCACUCUUUUUCCUUCAUGGAGUCUGCAGUGCUCCUCGUCAUGUCUUUUGAUCGUUUUGUGGCCAUCUGCCACCCGCUGAGGUACUCGGUCAUCAUCACUGGUGAGAGAGUGAUGAGGGCAGGCCUGUGUGUCAUCCUCAGGGGGCCUGUAGCCCUUGUCCCAAUUGUUCUCCUCCUGAAGGCUUUUCCCUACUGUGGGCCUCUUGUCCUCUCCCACUCAUUUUGUCUACACCAGGAAGUGAUACACCUGGCAUGUGCAGACACCACCUUCAACAACCUAUAUGGACUGUCACUGGUGGUGUUCACGGUGAUGCUGGACCUGGUGCUCAUUGCACUGUCCUACGGAUUCAUUUUGUACACGGUGGCGGGCCUGGCUUCCCAAGAGGAGCAGAUCCGGGCCUUCCAAACGUGUACCUCACAUCUCUGUGCUGUGCUGGUGUUCUUCGUGCCCAUGAUGGGGCUGUCCCUGGUACACCGGUUUGGGAAACAUGCGCCACCUGCUGUGCACCUUCUCACGGCCAAUAUCUACCUCUUUGUACCACCCAUGCUGAACCCAGUCAUAUACAGCAUUAAGACCAAGGAAAUCCGCAGAGCAAUCAUCAAGUUCCUUGGCUUUAGAGCGGUCAGUUCUGAGUCCUGGGGAGAGAUGCACCCCUGA